AUGCCAGGCCUGCCAACCUCAGUCGACCUCGAUGCAUGCAUAGCAAGCCUUUACAAGAAGGAACUCCUCGCCGAGUCUGUCAUUGAGGCAAUAUGUGCGAAGACUAAGGAACUGCUGAUGCAGGAGAGCAACGUGGUCCAUGUGCAAGCUCCGGUAACGGUGGUGGGAGACAUUCACGGCCAGUUCUUCGACUUGAUUGAGAUCUUCAAGAUUGGCGGAUGGUGUCCUGAUACAAACUACCUGUUUCUUGGCGAUUAUGUGGACCGAGGCAUGUUCAGUGUGGAGACGAUUUCCCUUCUUGUUUGUCUGAAGCUACGAUACCCACACCGCGUUACUUUGAUAAGGGGCAACCAUGAGUCAAGAGGAGUUACACAGUCAUAUGGGUUCUAUACCGAGUGUGCGAGGAAGUACGGCAACGCCAAUGUCUGGCACUACUUCACGGAUAUGUUUGAUUUUCUGACAUUGAGCGUCGUCAUCAACGAUCAGAUUUUCUGCGUACAUGGAGGUCUCUCCCCAUCAAUACACUCCAUAGACCAGAUCAAAAUCAUCGACCGCUUUCGCGAAAUCCCCCACGAAGGUCCCAUGGCCGAUCUCGUCUGGUCCGACCCCGACCCCGAGCGCGACGAGUUCUCCCUAUCCCCUCGCGGCGCAGGCUAUACAUUCGGCGCGCAGGUCGUCAGAAAGUUCCUCGAGGUAAACAACAUGUCGCACAUCCUGCGUGCGCACCAGCUCUGCCAGGAAGGCUACCAAGUUCUGUACGAUGAUAGACUCAGCACUGUCUGGAGUGCGCCGAACUAUUGCUACAGGUGUGGUAAUAUGGCGAGUGUGUUAGAGGUCAGCGAUACCGGGGAGAGGUUCUUUAAUGUUUUUGCCGCGGCGCCCGAGAACGAUGUGCAUAAGGAUAUGCAGCAGGCAGAUAAAAUUGCGGAUGGGUCAAGCUUGCCGGACUACUUCUUGUAG